AUGGGUACGCGAGAGCAGCCGCGCAAGUGCGGCUUGCGCGCCACGGCCGAGUCCUUUGGCGGCGAGGAGCUCUGGUCCCUCCUGCUGGGGUACGACCGGGCGCACGCGGUGCUCGGCGCGUCCAUCUCGAGCGGCGGCGGCGAGGAGAGGCGGAGCGACGGCCUGGUUGCGGGGCACGCCUACGCCGUGCUCCAGUGUCGCGAGGUGCUGGGCGUGCGGCUGAUGCAGCUUCGCAACCCUUGGGGCGCCUUCGAGUGGAGGGGGGACUGGUCCGACCACUCGAGCAAGUGGAAGGAGCAGCCGGAGAUCAAAGAGGCGCUCUGGCCCGAGAGGCGCUCAAAGGAGGCGGACGGGUGGGACGACGGCGCCUUUUGGAUGGGGUUCGACGACUUUUGCGCCCUCUUCACGCUGCUCGACGUCUGCGACCGCACCACCGGGGUGCGCGACCUCGCCUUCGCCCUCGACGAGGACGACGGCUGCUUGCGCGGCCCCGCCUGCGCGUGCGCGCGGGGCUGCGCCCGCUUCUGGUGCCUCUGCCACGGCCCGCGCGCGCUGUAUUGGGGCCACCAGAGCAGCCGCGACACGAUGGCGCUGCCGAAGCGUAGCUGCCGCUGCCUCGAGCGCUGCAACGGCGGGGAGCCGGUCCUCCUGUGA